AUGAAGCAAAAGGAGGGGGAAAGGUUUGCUGACUUCGUACUUCGCCUCCGUCAACAAGCCACCGACUGCGGUUUUGAUAAAUAUUCAGAUGAAACCAGGGCUGUCCUUACUGAAAUCUUUAUCAUAGACGUAAUUAUAGAGGGAUGUUUGUCUUCGGAGCUUCGGCGACGUAUCCUCCAGAAAGAUUGUUCACUUAGUGAAAUUGAAUCAUUAGGUGCAGCUCUCGAAAGUGUCGAAACUCAAGUACAGGAUUUCGGAGUGAAAUCUAAAGAUCAAAUUGGUGAUCACAAAGUUCUCGAAGUCAGCAGUAAACCUGUGUUCAAAUUCAACAAGCGAAAUGACCUAUCUCUGAAGAAAUUCACCGGUAAGAAACCAUUUACAUCCGAACAAAGAUCUCUUGUUUGUCUGAACUGUGGUCAUCGGGAUCAUCAAACUAAUAACGACGUAUGUCCAGCAAAAGGUAAAAUCUGCUAUUCCUGUAGACGAGUGGGUCAUUUUGGAUCGCGAUGUAGAUUCCGGAAAUUCCAAGAGAAGAGUUCUAAUAAGGUUCGAAUGAUUGAACACCGUAAUACUCAAUCGAAUUCGGAAACAUUCAAUGAUACUGGAGUUGAAUCGGAGUCAGGAAAGACUUACUAUGCCUUUUAUUCUGGGAACGAAACAAACGUUGUUGUAUGUGAAAUCGGUGGAGUAAGACUAGAUAUGUUGAUAGAUUCCGGAUCAGAUGCCAAUCUUAUCACAGAUCAAGCGUGGGAAACAUUAAAGAAAGGUGAAAUAGUAGUUCAUCAAAGUACAAAAGGAAGCUCUAGAGUGCUGAAGGGAUACGCUAGUGACAUCUCACUGCCAAUAAUGGGAACAUUCGUUGCAGACGUAAAACUAGGGAAACUUUCCACUCGAGCGUUGUUCUACGUAAUCAAGGGAGGCCAGCGUUGUCUUUUAGGCGAUCAAACCUCUAAAGAUCUAGGAGUUUUGAAGGUUGGCUUAGAAAUUCAGAAUAUUACUACUCAAGUGACAACGUUCUCAAAGAUCAAAGACAUCCAGGUUCAAAUACACAUGGAUCCUGCUAUUAAACCUGUAUUCCAGCCCCUUAGAAGGGUUCCCAUGCCGCUAGAAGAUGCGGUAAACAGAAAAUUGGAGCAGCUCUUGCUAAGGGACAUUAUUGAGGUGAAAGAAGGACCUGCAUCAUGGGUAUCUCCGCUGGUAGUGGUGGGAAAAACGAACGGAGAACCGAGAAUAUGCCUUGAUUUGCGUCGUGUCAACGAAGCAGUUCUCAGAGAACGACAUCCAAUGCCCACUGUGGACGAUUACCUGGCUAGGUUAGGGGAAGGAAGAUUCUGGAGCAAAUUAGACAUCAAGGAGGCGUUCUUACAAAUCGAGCUCGCACCCGAGUCUAGAGAUGUCACUACUUUUAUCAGCAGCAAGGGACUCUACAGAUUCAAACGCCUUCCGUUCGGCCUUGUAACUGCUCCGGAAUUGUUUCAAAAGGUCGUGGAUCAAAUUUUGGCUGGGUGUCAAGGAACCUACUGGUACUUAGACGAUGUUAUCAUUGAAGGUCGUGACCGUAAAGAACAUGAUAACCGUUUGGAAGAGGUAUGA